GGGAGGGACUGCGGCACUCACCCAGCUGUUGGCCUGAGCCCCCGUUACCGAGAGAAAUGAGGUUUUUGCCAAGGACUCCGAGGGGAAAUAAAUGCUGGGAGUGGACUCAACUCUGGUCGGGACUCAAGCACCCAGCCCUCCCUAAGACAUUGUGUGAGCCGGGGCCGGGCCUCCAGACAGCCCCUCCCGCCGCCCCAGCCAGGGUGGUGCUUGUGUGGGAAGGACUUUAAAUCCAGCUGCCAGACCCCUGGAAAGGAGAGGCAGAGAGGGCUGGCCACCAUGCACGGCUCCCGCAGCCUCCUGGUACUUUUGCUGCCACCACUGCUGAUGCUGGUGGCCACCACAGGACCCGCUGGAGCCCUCAGUGAUGAUGAGAAACGAGAGAUGGUGGAGCUGCACAACUUCUACCGUACCCACGUGUCCCCACCAGCCACUGGCAUGCUGCAAAUGAGGUGGGACGAGGAGCUGGCUGCCUUUGCCAAAGCCUACGCGCAGGAGUGUGUUUGGGGUCACAACAAGAAGCGCGGGCGGCGUGGAGAGAACCUGUUCGCCAUCACGGAUGAGGGCAUGAACGUGCCGCUGGCCGUGGAGGAGUGGCACCAUGAAAGCGAGUACUACAACUUCAGCACCUCCACCUGCGACCCGGGCCAGAUGUGCGGCCACUACACGCAGGUGGUCUGGGCCAAGACAGAGCGCAUUGGCUGUGGCUCCCACUUCUGUGAGAAGCUCCAGGACCUUGAGGAGACGAAUAUCCAUUUGCUGGUUUGCAACUAUGAGCCCCCGGGGAACGUGAAGGGACAGAGGCCCUACCAGGAGGGAACUCCGUGUUCCCAAUGUCCCUCCGAUUACCACUGUGAGAACUCCCUCUGUGAACCCAGCAGAGGCCCAGAAGAGGCUCAGGAGUUGCCUCGCCUGGUAACUGAGGCCCCAUCUUCCCUGGCAACUGACGCCUCAGGCUCUAGGAAAGGAGCUAUCUCUUCUUCCCUAGCAACGGAAACAACAUUCUCCUUGGUAACAGAGGUCUCAGGUUCCGUGGCAACCACGGCUCUACCUGCUGUAGAGACCAGUGUCCCAUCUUUCUUAGCAACGGAAGGUCCCUCCUCCAUGGCAACAGAGGCUCCACCUUCCUUAACGACUGAGGUCCCCUCCUCUUUGGGAACUCACAGCCUGCUCUCCUUGUAUGAGACGCCAGCUACCUCCCCCAAACCGACCCAUGAUCCCAUCCUCAAAUGGGCAGACAAAGAGGUUCACAGUACACAGAUGUCCUCCAGGAGCCCAAGGAGUUCCCUGCACCCAAUGAUGUUCCUGACAGUGACACAAGGGCCACUACCUAACUCCCAGGAGGAGGGUAAGGCUGAGUUGUCUUCUUCCAGUGAGGAAUUGGCCUCAGUCCAGGAUGAGCCAAGUGAACUGCAGGCCACAUUCGACCACAAGGGGCACACCUUCUCUAAGUCCCUGUCCGACUUCCUUAAUAUCUCUGCCACGGCUAAAACCCUGGCCUGGAAGUCAUUCUUGCCAGGUGCAGAGGGCUCUAAGAUGUCUAAAAUCUCCUCUGGGCUGAACCCGGGCCCUGGUCACGUCUGGGGCCCUCUCCUGGGUCUGCUGCUACUGCUUCCCCUGGUGUUGGCUGGAAUCUUCUGAAGGGGUCGCCACUCAAAGGCAAGGCCUGGUGGGGGGACCCUGGCCUCCUACUCACUCUGGAUUGUAUUUCUCCAAGUAAGAGGCCACAGCUUCCUGGGCAGGUCCUGCUCUGUGGCCCAGCAGCCCCCCUUCAUCCCAGCUUCUGUGCAGACUCCAGGCCAGUGCCCUCGUGCCCUUAGGAGGCCUGUACAGGACAACCCCUGGCACUACCCCAGGAGUGCUCUGUCUCUGGAGAGUCCCAUCCCUCAGCUAACCAGAUGGUUCUGAGCAGCGUUCCUGUGGCCACGGUCCUGCUCUUCUAGGGACAGAAGAUCUCAGGGCUUCCCAGGAACCCCUUGGCCCCUCCCAGUCUCCUGGCUUCUUCCUGGAGCCUUCUGAGUCCUGAGCUGUUCCCAAGAGUGCCUCCUGCCUCCCCAGGGUGAAGAGGUCAACUAUCCUUCUGCCAUCUCCCUCACACUGUCCCCUGCCCCUCAAACAAUACACUUCCUGGCUGAAGGCCUCUGGAAGGGAAAGGCUUCAGGGCAUCCCUCAGCCAUGUUGGCCAGCUCAGGUUGCCACGGGACGCCUGCACAUAAGGCCCAGACCCCUCCUGCUCCUCCUUUCCCAGUCCAUGGGGGUGGGUGGAGAUUCUGGGGAGAUCCCCACCUGCCUGGCCUGUGGCUGUCUGCCUAUGCAAGAUAGGGGGUUCUCCCUGAGUGCCUCCCUCCCCAUACUUGCUGUGCAGCUUUGAGGGCGGUUGUGAAGAGCAUAUGGAAAAGCUCCACCUGGGUGGGUUCUAUCGGUGGGGCAGGCAGGGGACCAGGGAAGGGAAGCAGCCUGUGACUCCUGAAUUAAAAAGUACCCAGAGACUCCAUGCUCAUGAGGGGUGGGUGACACAGGGGACUCUGGGAGGCCCUGAAGAGGCUUUGACACUCCCCCUACCAACCUGUGGCAACUGUCUGUUCUCCUUUAUACUCCCUCCCCCAAAUGCACCAUGUAGUUCUUUGGGACACCCUUCCUUUCCUUCCUAUGAACCUCCUCUGACCCAGCCAAAUCUUUAGGUAGCUGGCAGGAAGCGGAAAGAGCCAAGGAAGGCCAAGGGCACUGGGCUGACUGUCCCAGAUCCUGGAGUCACCAGUGGGGCUGAGUUGGGUUCAGGGCCCAGGAUCAAGGAGUGGCAUGCAACCUCUUCUGGGGGUGCUGCCGCCCAGGCCCGUCUGGCACAUGAGGUCACAAGGUGGGACUUUGCCAACCCUUGGUGCUUGGAGGAGUCCCCAGAAAGGUUCUGGAGUCCCAGACACUCCCCCAGGAGAGCACAGCAGGACUGUCCAGAAGUGCUGUGGGCCAGGAAAGCACAAGUGCAUGUGUGUAGGUGACCGAGGGCAGCUUGGGACCAAGCUGGGGCUGGCGGAGAGAGGCAGAGAGACUUGCCAGGCCCAAGGCAGAGUGUGUGAGCAUUUAAACAGGAAAGACCCAAAUGAGGCCAGGGCUGUGUGCCUUCCAUUUACAUACAUGCUGUAUCGCAAUUAAGACGUCACAUAACAAAAUUCACUCACUCAUUUAAAGUGUACCACUCAGUGGAUUUUAGUGGAUUGACAGGGUGGUACAGCCAUCACCAUGGUCAAUUUGGGAACAUUUUCAUCACACUCAAAAGAAAUCCCAUACCUACUAGCAGUCACUUCCCAUUUUCCCUCCAACCCCACCCCAGCCCUAAGCAACCACAUCUGUUGUUUCUCUGGAUCUGCCUAUUCUGGACAUUUUGUAUAAAUGGAAUCAUACAAUG